CACAUUUAUACAUCCGGUGAAAUAUCUGUCUCAUUGUUCUGUCUGUGGUAAGACUUUAUGGGCAGGUCUCGAGAGUAUGUAGAAAGUUAUGUCCUAUUUGUUUGUUUUUCCUCGUGUUUUCAUGGACCUGCAAAUGCAUCAAUAGGCAACCAGUAUCCCAAACGGACCAUUUUAAACUGGUUAUUUAAAGACAAUCUAUUAUAGCCAACACCCAGAGGUAGAGAGAAUGAGGGCCAACUCCUUUCAGUUCACUCUGGAGGGAGAGCCCUUUCACAUCCUGGGGGGCUCUAUCCACUACUUCCGUGUCCCCAGAGCUUACUGGGAGGACCGGCUGCUGAAGAUGAGGGCCUGUGGGGUCAACACUCUCACCACAUAUGUGCCAUGGAACCUGCAUGAGCAAAAGAGAGGGAUUUUAAAGGCGUACAUCAGGCUAGCAGCAGAGUUGGGGCUCUGGGUGAUUCUGCGGCCAGGACCCUAGAUCUGUGCUGAGUGGGACUUAGGAGGGAUGCCCAAGUUAGAUUUUCCCAGAUUUUAACAUUUUAGCCCAGUUGGUUGCUGCGUGAUCCAGACAUGGAGUUGAGAACAACCUACCCAGGUUUCACAGAAGCAGUUGACUCCUUCUUUGAUCAACUCAUUCCAAGAGUUGCACCAUAUCAGGUCAUCUUUUCUCACUUUCUCACUACUCUUCUAUUAAUUACACUAGGGUUUCCAUUUUUCCUGUUAAUUUGUGAGUGACAACAAUGUGACCGCAUAUGGUCGUUGAUUAUGGCUAUCAAAAUGCAAAAAUAUUCUUAAAAUGUGAAGCUUGGUGUUUUAUCAAUCCCAAAGGCUUUGAAAAUAUAUGCUUGACUUACUCAGGAGUCAUUUGAAAGCUCUGCUCUUAUUUGAUUUAUUAUUUAAAACUCUCAGUACUCCAAGGGGGGCCCAAUUAUAGCAGUUCAAGUGGAGAAUGAGUAUUGCUCUUAUGCAAAAGAUGUUGAAUACAUGCCAUACAUAAAAGAGGUAAGACAGUGCAGUGCAUCUGCUUUAUUACACGCACACGCAAGCACACUCUGUGCAUCACUUUAUCUUGAUUUCACUACAACUAUUUGCAUUUGCAAUAGUAGGAUAUCUACUUGGAAAUAUGAGCAUAAUUGAAAUGAGAUCCUUGUUCUAGGCACUAUUGUCCAGGGGGAUCGAGGAACUGCUCCUGACCUCAGAUAACCAGGAUGGGCUGAAGCACGGGGGAGUGAAUGGAGCCCCAGAAGUUCAAGAUGGUGAUGGAGUAUUGGUCUGGGUGGUUUGACCUCUGGGGUGACCUUCACCAUGUUUUUGCUGCAGAGGACAUGGUUGCUAUUGUGACGGAAAUCCUGAAAGAGGAUGCAUCAAUCAAUCUCUACAUGUUCCACGGAGGAACAAAUUUUGGCUUCAUGAACGGGGCCUUAGCAAUUGCCACACCCAUGCCUAAGCCAAUGGUAACAAGCUAUGAUUACGAUGCUCCAUUAUCUGAGGCAGGGGAUUACACCACCAAGUACACUCUUCUGAGGAAUAUAUUGAGCCGCUACCACAAUGCAGCUUCAGGCUCAGCAGCCCUGUCUCCCCAUCCCCAUACCUCUGAACCAGCCCUACUCCCAACUGAAGGAGUCAAAAAGCCUGUCAACAUGGAGAACCUUCCGGUCAACAGUAAUAAUGGUCAGUCCUAUGGCUACACUCUAUAUGAGACCACCAUCAGCAGUGGAGGCCUUCUGAACUCCAGGAACAAUGUUAAAGACAGAGCCCUGGUGUUUGUGGACUAACUCUUUGUUGGAGUUCUGGACUAUAAGAUGCUGGAGUUUGCACUGCCUGAUGGGAAGGUGUAGUGAUAGUGUGUUUCGGGCGACAGGUAGCCUAGCGGUUAUAGUGUUGGCCCAGUAACCGAAAGGUUGCUGGUUUCGAAUACCUGAGCUGACAAGGUGAAAAAUCUGAUGUGUCCUUGAGCAAGGCAAUUAUCCCUAAUUUGCUCAAGGGGCACCAUACUACUACUAUGGCUGUCUCUGUAAAACAACACAUUUCACUGCAGCUAUCCGGUGUAUGUGACAAUAACCCAUUAUUUUAUUCUAUUCAGUCUAUAGGUGUGCUCCUGAGCUGCUUUCUAAACUGGCUAGUUUAUAUUCAACACCAUGAUAGAGGUGAAAGCUUCUGGUGAUGCUGAUCAAUGAGUGUGUUACUAAGGUGCCAGGAUUAAGCCAACAAAGUUUUCAGACAAAUGUUGUUCUAACAAAGAAGAAUCGUAAUCACUAACUUUGCACCUGCCUGUUAUUGGAAAACAAGUCUAUGCUGUCCUAUAGCACAGCAGCAGAUUGGACUUGAUCAAUUAUUAUCUUCAGUUCAAAUGAAAGCCACGUUUCCUCUACUGUCUCUAGUUAGUCUACUUUGCAUUGUGGACUGUAGAUAGUACGUCCAAUUGUUUCCACAUAUUUCAUGUACUUUCCAUUGAAGGGGGAGAGGACAUUGAGUUUACAUGUGGAGAACUCUGGGAGAGUGAACUGUGGUAAACUCCUAGAUGAACAGCGUAAAGGUAAUUCGAUAGUUUUACCUACUGUUUCUGGGUCAGUGAUAGCCUUGUGGUAGUAUAACUAGACACAUCUAUUGGUAAAUCCUUUCAGAAUAGGUGCUCAAAAGCAGCUAAUUAACCACAAUGUAGAAAAUCAAAGACUGCCUUAUUUCAGCCUUGGCUUAUUUUUCAGGUCUUGUCGAAGACAUUGAGUUGAACAAUAACCCGCUAUGAGGCUUUAUCAUUCAUAGUCUGGGUAUGAAGCCUGGCUUUGUAAAUAGGUUUGUACUGAUCAUGAACAUCUUUCAAUUUCCGUCCCCAUGUUUAUUUGUUCUGUUCUGAGUCUGUCAUUGCUCCUGCCUAGCUCAGAUUCUGUUGAUUAUCUUCUUGGUUCUCGCUGAGCGUAGAAUUACAAUGCCAGAUUGCAGAAAAAACUGAUUUUUCAUGUGGUUUCCCACUACCAUGUUAAAACCCCAUUAUAAUCAGCUGGGAAAUUAGCGCUGUCUUGAAAAUGCCUGCCCACUAAGAACAACACUACAUCAGAAGAUCAGAAGUGGAAUUAAACCAUUUAUAUAUCCACGACUGAAGUCAUGCCAUUGUACACUCUCACAAAUGAUCUCGUUAUAUUAAUAAAUAUAAUGAGGAAUCAUAUUAGUCAGUGAUUUCCUGUGUUAUAAUAGGGUGAUCUCCUCCCAUGUUUCAGACUGAGUGCAGCAAGCCAGUGGAACUCUGUCUCCCAGAGGCCUUCCUUCCUUCCCAGGGUUCUUCCAGGGCAUGCUGUAUGUGGGCGGCCAUCCCAGAGACACCUUCAUCAGACUGCCUCUGUGAACCAACGGCAAUCUGGGCACGUCUGUGGCUCCAGACACAGUCAACCACAACAAUGAGAAAAUCCCUUUUACAUGCUCCAGCAAUUGAAUUCAACGUGAGUUGAAAUUAUAUGCUGCCUCCCCGGAGGUACCCCACUGGACGCCUUAAAAGGUAAUAUACCUUCUGCCACAGAGUGCAAUCACACGGUUCCCACCCUGACUCUGGAUAAUAAGAUGGGCUUGGGGAAAUAAGAGAAGCUGCACUUGCUGUAAAACAGAGGCUUAAGUAAUCUCCCUGAGAUGAGACACAUUAAAAAGAACACUGUGCGUCCUUGUUGAUCAGUGGUCUAGCAUACCGUGAACAUCCUGCCAGCGUUGGGAUAAAGACGUGGUUAGCGGUUACCUCUCAGCAGUAGUUGACAAGCUGUGCUGCUUAAAAAAUAUUACUAAAAAGACUCCUACACCAGCUUUAAAUAUAACAGAGAGGCUUUAUGUAAGGAGGAGUAACUUGAAAGCUACUAACAUCAGGGUAUUUUAGGAUAUAGUAAUACUCUUCUCUCAGACUCAUGUUAAAAACAACAUCCAUUUGAUUUACACAGCGUCCUCUUUUGAAGUUGGGAUGGGGAGACUUGAGUGUGCUGUGUGAGUGGACAUAAUGCACUUUUCUCACUGCUCAGCUCUCCCCUGACAGGUCCAAUCAGGUCGGAGAUGAAUAAACAAGGCAUUCACCCGUCUGUCUGUCUGUCUGUCUGUCUGUCUGUCUGUCUGUCUGUCUGUCUGUCUGUCUGUCUGUCAUCAGCAGUACGAAUACUUCAGUCAGUGCUGUUCUGGUAGACACAGUGCUUCACGUUCUCCUGGGGAUCUGACCACUACUUGGUCCCUGACAUCCCCCAUACUAGUCUGCUGGCCCGGAACAGUACUGACUUGGCAUGACUGUAGUGGGCCUAGGAACUAAAGUCACGCCGGGAGUUGUCCACACACUUAAUCUUGAUUUGAUGCAGUUGAUACACAGGAACUGCAAAUAACAAAUUAAUCGACUGAGGAAAUUCUAAAAUUCACUGUCUGGUGGGGGGAUAAAUAUUCACCCGAUAGCUGAAUAGACAGACAGUCUAUGGACUGAACAUGUGGAUGAUAUCUGAUCGUUUAUAUCACCUUGAUUCCUUUAGGACCUUGUCCUCCCUGUGUCCCUCAGGCUCUAUUUCUCCCAUGUCUGUCUCUUCUGUUUAUCUCUUGAAGCCUCUCAGCAGAAGUCCAUUUAUCCUAAUCAGGCUCCUGCCUCGUCUCCUGUCCACCCUUCCAGGCCCUUCUUAUAGCAUUAACAUGGGUGUUAUUGUCAGGGCCUGGGACUGAGCACUCGUGCCAUGGACACCCAGGCUCAAAGUGUUCAGGCCCAGUAGAGAAGCUCUCUUUUGGGUUCCAAAUGAUUAUUCCUGUGCCAGCUCCCCGGAGAGCCUGGGGAAAUGAGUCUGUGUCUGUUUCUUGUUGCCUCUCUCUUUCCUCGUUACAGCACAGCACUGAUGUUUUAGUUUAGCUGUUCAUGGGAAGCCUCCCUCUGACAAGACUAGCAGGUUGAGCUUUUCUGCCUUUGAGCAGAACCACAGUCUAAUUGCCAUCAGUUUGAGAGCCCCUAAUGAAGGAGAGACGUGCCCACGUAGCAGAUCACAUUACUGACACACUGAGGGAGAAUGGUGGCUAAUUGCUGAAUGGAGGAAAAAUGCCACUGCUGAGAAAGUUCAGAUUUUUUAAAUGAAGCAAUGGACUACAGAUGUUGCAAAGAGUAUAAUGUUACAAUCAUUUGGUGGGUGCUUAUAUUUGUCCUGUUUCAUGGAAAUGUGUUUUUAAAAUUUCCCAACGCCCUCUGAGACAGGUCACGGCCAAUUAGCGUUAAGUGCCUUGCUUAAUGGUACAUCAAUAGAUUUGUUUCACCUUCUCGGCUUGAGGAUUCAAACUAGCGACCUUUACCCUACUGGCCAAAUGCUCUAACUGCUAGGCUACCUGCCGCCCAAUGCCUAGCCUACUGAACAUUGAUGUGGGACUACAAGAUGAUUCUCUGACUGACCUAGCUAAACUGCACAAAAUGUCACAGGAAUAAAUAUGUGAAAUGUACUGUACAUGUUCACCUGUUUGUGUAUUUAAUAGGAUAUAGAGAGUGCAGGUCAUUCACACUGUUUUUACGUAUUGGGAGUGGCCCCUAUUUGAAGGCUGAACUGUCACAGGGAGACGGCAUGUUCACUGGAGCUCCCUGAUGACACUCAACCAUGUUUUGCAUUCGCUCAAUGCAAAAAAAAGAGGGACUUCUUGGAAUGAGUGAUGGGAUGUCAGUAGAUAUAUGGGCUAGCACUCUCCACACGCUGUUAGAGAAUGGAUGCCCUUCCCACCACUGGCGCACAUUGACAGGAGGACACGGCUGCCUCCAGCACGCUUCUUUAUCAGCUCACCUAGGGAUUGCAGCACACACACAUGUACACACACACACACUCCUCACCAUUGUGUGCCCCAUCAGCCUCCCUGUGCUCAGAACAGUCAAUAUUGUGUGCAGGGUUUCCUUCAUCUCGGCAGAGGUAUUUUUCUGCAGGUAAGCAGUGCACACCUCCUAAUGUGGCACCGCAACACCUCCCUGCAAGGCACACUCAUGCCUGCCAAGCGCCCAACUUCAAGGGUAGCGAGAGGUGCGGGAACAUCGCCAUACAAGGCAGAGAUCAUGUGUUGUACUGUAUCUCGCUGCUGUUUUCAAAUAUGUUUGUCUGCUUGAUUUAGAAUGUGUUUGUCUGCUUGAUGUAAAAUGUGUUUGUCUGCUUGAUGUAAAAUGUGUUUGUCUGCUUGAUUUAAAAUGUGUUUGUCUGCUUGAUGUAAAAUGUGUUUGUCUGCUUGAUUUAAAAUGUGUUUGUCUGCCUGAUUUACAAUGUGUUUGUCUGCUUGAUGUAAACUGUGUUUGUCUGCUUGAUUUAAAAUGUGUUUGUCUGCUUGAUGUAAAAUGUGUUUGUCUGCUUGAUUUAAAAUGUGUUUGUCUGCUUGAUUUAAAAUGUGUUUGUCUGCUUGAUUUACAAUGUGUUGUCUGCUUUAUUUACAAUGUGUUUGUCUGCUUGAUUUACAAUGUGUUGUCUGCUUCAUGUAGAAUGUGUUUGUCUGCUUGAUUUCCAAUGUGUUGUCUGCUUCAUGUAGAAUGUGUUUGUCUGCUUGAUUUACAAUGUGUUGUCUGCUUCAUGUAGAAUGUGCUAAAAAAAUAAAAAUGUAUUAUGAAUAUUUAAAACAUACAAUAUACUUGCAGUGAAGCUGCUCAACAACUACAUCACAGUAGUCAUCUAACAGACUCACAUCUAGAGCGACACACAGAAGCAACCAGCAUCAACGCCCUGCUCAAGGGCACGUCGACAGAUCUCCCACAAGAUAAAAAACGGGGAGCCGACCCAGCGAUCCAUCAGCCAUCGGCCCAAGCUCCCAACUGCCAGGCCACCAGCACUCCAAGACCCCCCCUCCCAUAAAAAUACAAAAAAUUAUUCCAUUGCCCACCCCAAAGACCCCACCCAUGCACCAACAACCAACAAAAUGAAGAAAAGGGAAAAACAAAGGAAAACAGAAAACAACAAUGCAAAAAACAAAGGACAAUAAAAAUAAUAACAGGGAUGCCAACUGAAUAUGUUUGAGUGCAUGUAUUGCACUAUGUACAUGUGUGCGUGUCCACGUACAGUGGUUGCUCAACGAAAAAUUUAGAGAUUAUGCUGUGGGACUUCGAGGUCAUUUGUGGUUUAGCACGGUACCCUGUGUCACUACUUCAUUGCUCCAGACCAGCGCAAGGGGGAGUUAGAGCACUGAUUAUGCUUACUGGAAAAUACUCUUUCAAAAUUAAUGGAAGAGAAAUGUGGAAGGGGGGAAAGACAGCAUUCAGAUAUCAAGACAGCGCUGCUCUGAGACAAGCAUGGGGACUGGUCUUGAUAAAUCAAUGCUAUUUUUAUUUUCACUGAAUUUCCAUUUGGCUGUUGGUUAGACUACAAUUAGGGUGUGGAAAUGUUAGGAUUAUUUUGCUUUUACUGUAGUACUGUAGCUUACUCCCGAUCGGUCACGUUGUACAGUGCCAUUAUGGGCUAUUAGCAGGACAAUAGACUCUUGCCAAGAAGGAGGGUAGGGGGAGAAUUGUAUCGUCAACCGGCCAUGAUUGGGAGUCCCAUAGGGCGGCGCACAAUUGGCCUAGUGUCGUCCAGGUUUGGCCGGUGUAGGCAGUCAUUGUAAAUAAGAAUUUGUUCUUAAAUGAAUUGCCUAGUUAAAUAAAAGUUAAAUUAUUAAACAUUUUACAAUUUUGUAAUGUGUUUUGUUUGGUAAAUUGUUUUGUAAAUAUUAAUUCACAUUUGUGGUGCCACUAAAUAAACAAUGAAUUAUUUAAAUCAAUAUUGUCAAUAUUUUUAUUAUUAUUAUUAAAAUACUGUUUUAUA